GCACACUCAAAUUCCAGCUCCAAAAAAUCACCUACGACCGUUUUUCGUUGGAAUAUCUACAGGAAUGUUGACCUUCUGUGCUGCAGAUUUGCAUCAGUCAGAAGACUAGACACUGAUAGGUGCGGUGUGUCGCUUCAGGGCCCUUUACAGUCUGCGCUCUGACGUCGUCUUUGUUUCCGAGGUUUAAACCAUGUGUUUCUAUUGACAGAGGAAUUUUUGUUCAGAAGCGCUGCCAUGUUGAUACAGGCGCUGUUGUAUUAUCACUGGGAAUGAAUUUUUUGGCAAGGGAUAAAACUCAAUCACAGCACUGCUUUGUUUUUGUUUUUUAUAGCUUUACUUUCACAGCCCAAGUCUUUCGAGUCGAGCCGAUGCCAGUUUCAAAGCCGUUACUUUGGAAUAAUGCCUUUUCUGUCCUUAUUUGGGCUUCCAAAGUGCAGUCGAAAUGCAUAUUUUUGUGAAGUUGGUUUAUAUUUGUUAGAUAAAUUGUGAGAAAUGCCAACUAGUCAGAUGUUGACUUAUGGGCUUGUGCAGUUUUUGGAAUUUCUCUAUGUAUAAUUUGAGUCCAAAUAGCAUUCAUUAUCUUCUCCAGUCAUUAAAAGGCUUUUACUGAGUGAACUAUUUUGAGGCAGCUCUGAUAGCAUUUUUAGGCUGGGUCAACAUUUACGUGAACAAAAAAAAAACCAGGUACACGUUCCAGAAUCCCAGCCUGUAAUUAGUGGUCUAACCACGCUUUGAUUUAAACAUACUGUAUGGCUUGGGGAGAAAACAGAUCCAUAGUAUUCUCCGGAAAGCUUUGUAGAAAUGAAGCACUCGUCAUUACCCAACUGGUUUACAAUCAUAACACAAUUCUGUCCAGUAGUAUCGUAAUGUUUUAUUGAGACUUCACCUGAGACAUUUCCUGCAGAGACCCGGUCUCUGGAAGUGACUGUGUGUUUCCUGUCUGUCAGCGUGGCAGAAAAAAAUGUCCCGAAGAGGAAGUUUGCUGGUCAGGGCUUCUGUGUGGCAACGUGAAUCACAUGCUCGAGUAUUAAGGAAAGAGUCAAAGCUUUCCAUCGGUACAGCAGUCUCUAGAGAGGAACAGUAAAGGUAACUUUAAACAUAGUUAUCUAUGAGGCUGAUCCUCUAGUGCAUAUGUGUUUUUUUUAAACUCAGUACGCUGCCAUAAUCCAAAGUCACUGGCAUUGUAUGAAUCCACCAGUUCCAUCCCCACGGCCUAAAACUUUGUCAUGAGAUUUUAGGGAGCAAAAAACCAUGUUCAACUAGAAGUCCAUCCAUCCAUUUUCCACACAGGGUUGCGGGGGAGCCUGGAGCCUGUUCCAGGGAACUCGGGGCACAGGGCAGGGGACACCCUGGACGGGGUGCCAACUCAUCAUAGGGCACAAUCACACACACAUUCACACACUAAGGACAAUUUGGAAAUGCCAGUCAGCCUACAACGUAUGUCUUUGGACUGGGGGAGGAAACCGGAGUACCCAGAGGAAGCCCCCGAAGCACGGGGAGAACAUGGAAUGGUUGCGGUUGCUUUUGAGGAGGCAAUAUCAUAAUUUCAGGGUUGGACAAAUCACUAGCUCAUGAGAAGCAGGUGGGUCCGAGAACAGUUUUUUUGCUCUGUCCCAGUGGUCAAGUAGGUUUAGUAUGAUAUAGUGGUAACCAGAUAUUUUGACCUGCUUACUGAUUUACCAACAGUAAUCUGCCAAUGUAUCGUCUUGACACACAGUUACAAUGGGAUUCAGAUUCACUACAUGUGUAUGCUCACUGCAUAGGGGUAUAACAUUGUGCGUGUUAUGUUCAUUAGGAUGCUCUUGGACAGGGGUGUCCAAUCUUAUCCGGGUGCAGGUUUUCAUUCCAACCAAGCAGAAGCCACACCUGAGUCGACUGAAAGCCAAGAUCAGCUGAUCAAACAGGUGGAAUCAGGUGUGGCUCCUGCUUGGUUGAAUGAAAACCUGAACCCACACCACACCGGCCCUUUGCGGAUAAGAUUGCACACCCCUGCUCUUGGAGAUUUGAACCCGGUAAUGCCACAGUCACCCGUGGUGAGGAGUCUUUAUUCACGGUCAAUCACAGGCCAAUUCUGGGCAUUCUAUGAGGUCAUGUAUGAGGAAGAGGUCGGAUAGUGAUUUCCUUCGAGUGUGUUACGCUGCCCUGUGACACAGCAUGAGCAGCAGUUUGGAAACAUGCAGAUGGUUGGCUUCACACAUGUAGGAAGCAUGUAUUAACCUAGCCCAGUUGGUAGCUGUUGAACAAUAGGGGUGAGCUGGCUGGUGGUGGAAAUUGGUAGAUGAUCAAAUUAGAGUGAAACGUGUACUAAAACGGAAAGGACUUGAGUACAAUUAAGAAUCGCCCCAAUUAAUUAUAAUUAUGCUUUAAUAAUGUUACUCAGAUACAUGGAGUAAAUACUGCAUGUUACUAGAAACCUGGAAUAAUCUGAGCACUAAGGACAUCUUCAGGGUCAUGUGUUUUCCCUCCUGGAACAUGAGACUUGUCUAUUCCGAGCAUUUCGUCUCCGCGGCCUAGUAUUUUGCCCAGCAGCAGUAACACAAGUCCUCUGUUGACCUCAUCCAAGGAGGAGUGCAAAGGCAGCUGCAUUUCAUUUCAUUCUUUCCCUACGUUAACUGAUAAUUCAGACAAGUUUUUGCAUUGUUUGUUUCUAUAUCUGGGUGCGUCAGGAGAUCUUUCUACACAUGGGUACGUCAUCACAUAUUGAGAUGUCCACAUAUGAGAUUAGAACUUCACUUUAAAAGGAAGCGCAUUUGCCAGAACAAUGCUCAUCUUUUUUACUGACCAUUUGCAGGCUCAUUUGUGUAAAUGACCCGUUUGGACCUCCCCAGAGUGCUUUGUCAAACUCUAGUGCACAGGGCAGUGUUUUUCCCUUCUUAAGUGUCUCUGUAUAAAUCUGUACUCCUGGAGGAGAGUGUGUGCUCGGGGCUCUGGGAAUGUCAGACAGGCUCUCAGACAGCAUGCAGCUGCUUCCCGGCCCUCGCUUCUGUGUGGAUUAACGAUUUUUCUCCUCACUAGAAGACAGAUGAUGUUCGCCGGGUCCUGCCAGAUAGCACACUGUUUGUUCUCUUGUUCAAGACGGCGUUCCUUUGUUUUGGCACCAGCUUGGGAAGAAGUGUCCAGUUUUCAAUAGCCCAGGGCUACGGAUCCAGGGUUUAGCCCAAGCUCUCCCCCAAGAGAGCAGAAGAAGAGCAGCACCUGACAGACAGAAAGAGAGGGCGAGAGAGAUCAGCGAGCCAGUGUCUUCACUCGCACAGAGGGAAGGAUGGGAGAGAUGGACGAUGAGAAGGGCCGGGCAGGGAGGAUGUUUGAGACCUUCGUCCAGACGUCCACCUGUAAGUCCACCCUGCAGGCCUUUAACAUCAUGUGCACAUACCUGAAGCUGGAUCCUCUGGAGCAUGAGUCCUUCUACAGCAACCUGAAGAGCAGACUGACCUGCUGGAAGGCCAAAGCGCUGUGGAGCAAACUGGACAAGAGAGCCAGUCACAAGGAGUACAAGAAAGGCAAAGCCUGUGUAGGCACAAAGUGCUUGAUAAUCGGAGGAGGACCCUGUGGCCUGCGUACUGCGAUAGAGCUGGCCUUUCUUGGUGCCAAAGUAGUGGUGAUCGAGAAGAGAGACACAUUCUCCAGGAACAAUGUUCUGCACCUUUGGCCCUUCACCAUCCAUGACCUCAGAGGCCUCGGGGCAAAGAAGUUUUACGGCAAGUUCUGUGCAGGCGCCAUUGACCACAUCAGUAUUCAACAGCUCCAGCUCAUGCUCCUGAAGAUCGCUCUGCUUCUAGGGGUCGAGUUCCACAUCAACGUGGAGUUUGUAAAGCUUUUGGAGCCUCCAGAAGACCAGGAAAACGAGGGGCCUGGUUGGAAGGCGGAGAUCCGGCCGUCAGAUCACCCUGUAGCUGAAUUUGAUUUCGAUGUUGUGAUUGGGGCUGACGGGAGACGUAACACACUCGAAGGUUUCAGACGGAAAGAGUUCCGCGGGAAACUGGCCAUCGCAAUUACAGCCAACUUUAUCAACAGGAACACGACAGCAGAGGCCAAAGUGGAGGAAAUCAGUGGCGUGGCCUUCAUCUUCAACCAGAAGUUCUUCUUGGACCUCAGACAGGAGACGGGCAUCGACUUGGAGAACAUUGUGUACUACAAAGACAACACACACUACUUCGUCAUGACGGCUAAAAAGCAGAGUCUUCUGGAUAAAGGAGUCAUCAUCCGUGAUUAUACCGACACAGAGGCUCUGCUCAGCAGUGACAACGUCAACCAGGAAGCUCUGCUACACUACGCACAGGAGGCUGCUGACUACGCCACGCAUUACCAGCUGCCGACACUGGAGUAUGCCAUGAACCACCUCAACCAGCCUGAUGUAGCCAUGUUCGACUUUACCUGUAUGUAUGCCUCAGAAAACGCCGCACUGGUCAGAGAGCGGUUCGGACAUCAGCUGCUGGUGGCGCUGGUGGGAGAUAGUCUGCUGGAGCCUUUUUGGCCCAUGGGUACAGGGUGUGCCCGUGGCUUCUUGGCAGCCUUUGAUACAGCCUGGAUGAUCAAGAGCUGGGCACAAGGCAGAGGGCCGCUGGAAGUGCUAGCUGAGAGGGAGAGUCUUUACCGACUGCUACCUCAAACAACACCUGAAAAUAUCGCCAAGAACUUUGAUCAGUACACCAUAGAUCCUGGAACACGUUAUCCCAACCUCAACUCCAACUGUGUCAGACCACACCAGGUCCGUAACUACUACAUGUGUGGUGAACUGAAGUCCUGCUCCUUGGAACGAGCUGCUACUAUACGGCGCCCAGUUAAUCUGGCACGACGAGGAUCUGAGAUCAGGCCCAGCAGGUUGUUGACGUGGUGUCAGAAGCAGACAGAGGGUUAUCGAGGCGUCAGUGUGACUGACCUGAGCUUAUCAUGGACCAGUGGCCUGGCGUUCUGCUCUCUUAUCCACCGCUUCAGAGCAGACCUCAUUGAUUAUGAUUCCCUGAACGAAGAAGACUCUGCUAAAAAUGUCCAGCUGGCAUUUGACACAGUGGAAAAGGAGUUUGGCAUCAAGCCGUUCACUACGGGCAAGGAGCUAGCAUCCGGCCAAGAGCCAGACAAAAACAGCAUGGUGACCUAUCUGUCCAAAUUCUAUGAGCUCUUCAGGGGAACGCCUCUGCCAUCCUCAGAUUCGAGAAGAGAAACCGGAGGAAAUAAUGAGGAAUGCACUGAAAGACCUUCCCAACAUGUUUACAGAUCAAUGAGCUUCACACAGCCUCGAAAACGGAUCCCAAAGGACGACAAAAAGGUAGAAGAUAAUGAUUCUUUUUACAAACGAAGACGGAGGACAGUGUGCAGUUUUUUGGAACCGCCAAACAACCUCUCCAGUCAAAACACAGCAUCUGAGAGGCAGGAGCUGAAAGAGAAUAAAGUCAAAUUCAUGGCUUCUCAGCUACUGGCAAAGUUUGAGGAGAGCACUCCAAGCUGCACGCUGCGUAGGCAGCUUGCCGCAAAUUUUCUGAGCCCUCCGAGAUCUCCAUCACUCGAUCCGACAGCUCUCCCACUCUUCGUAAAACCCAGGAAGAAAACCCCACCACCUCCACCUCCUAAAAAACAGAUCCAACCAUCAGCCUGCUCAGCUCCUCUCCUCCCCUUUCCCUUUAACAUCCCUCGGCACGACUGCCAAAAUCUCACCCACCCUCCUCACACUCCACGCUCACACUCACGCUCUAAGCCUACCGACACACACAGGCAACCCACAUCAGAGUCAGAGAAACCUGAAGCAGACCACGGUGCGUCCUGUCACUCUGCCAUACUGACCAUGAGAGCAAUGCUGCAGCGUCUGCAGCAAGUGGAGGAAAAGAUCAUCCAGAGGAAAGCGCAGACAGAAAACACUAGAGAGUUUCGUAGAAAAAGCAUAAAGGAGAAAGCCGUCCACUUGAGCUCUCUGUUCUCUGGUAACAACAUCAUACCACCUCAGCCUGAGGUACAGCCUUCUAAUAAAGGCAUUCAGAGAGACUGUCCGAAUGGCUCACAUAUGUUAAGUAGUAAUAGGAGCACUUUGAAUCUCGGAAAAGAAACAGAGAUGCCUCAGUCGAAAGGAGAUAAAAAUAUUAAGACUUUUAAGAAGCCUGCAAUCAAUCUUCCUCAUUCCAGUUCGCUUUUACCUCCAUCACAAUGUUCUGCUACUUCCUCCUGUUCAUUCCCAUCCAGCAAACCUGAGCACUUAGGGAUGCUGCUUUCUAAAAGAGAUACUAAAGGAGAAACCCAGAAUAACUCGCACGUGCGCACUGUUGGCAAGGUGUCUCUGGUGGUAGAAGCUCGGGCCGAGACGCUACUUAACCUCUAUGAGAACGAUCACAGGCCCAAAGACGCCUGUUUAACCUCACCGAAUUCCUUGCGGAGGGAAUUCCCCCAGCGCUCGGGUGAUGUGUGUUAUGCAUGCAAGAAGCGGGUGUACGUGGUGGAGCGCUUGAGUGCCGAGGGGCUGUUCUUCCACAGAGAGUGUUUCCGCUGUGAUACCUGUAGCGCUCCUUUAUGUCAGGGCGGACAGGCUUUCGACUCAGAACAGGGAAAGCUGUACUGCAAGCUCCAUUUCUCUCAGCGUAAAUGUGCUGUAAAGCCCGGCAGGAUAUUGGAGCCAGAGAUGCCAUCUGAAAGCACCAGCCAGACAAGCGCAUCUCCGCGUCAAGCCGAGAGUGACAGCGACUCUGCGCAGUCUCCAGGUACUUUGUCCUCUGUGCUGAGGAGAAGCCUGCUCUGGCCGCUGCACGUGAGCCGGGCUGUUUGCGCCACACCACGCCGUGUUUGUAACUGGCUGGGUGGGAAAGUUCAGUCUCUGGGCCAGCACCUCAGGGAAAACGUGGAUGACUACACCAUUUUGUAUGAGCUUCUGAGCGUUGGGUUGCCCCUGCUCGUGGCACUCUAUGAAAUCCUGCUGCAGAUGCAUGCCGAGACCGGACCUCUCGACCUGCAGCCCCUUCAGCAGUGGCUCGAGCAGCACCUGGGCCGUGGGUUCCUCACGUAGACCACUGGUUUCAAGUUUUCCGUCUUUACCCUCCGUUAUUGAAUAAAUUCUGUUCCAGCUCUCUGGAAACUGAUGGUUAGCUGAGAAUAACAAUAUUCUUGACUAGGACGCGAACGUUUUUGUUCACGUGACAUGCCGUAUGAACCUCGAGAUGAUUGCUGCUCAUAAAUUUCCUUCGCCUGAAAGCUGGGAAUUGAACAGUUGGUCUUGGAACAGCUUCUUUGCCGUUCUCAUGUUACGAAAGUUCUCAGAAUGAUAGAAAAAGGAAGGGCAGAAGGGAAACAUUUGAAAACUGAACUUUGAGCACUUUAAUGAGUGAGCUGCCUGGGAUUGUACCCAUGUAGGAUUGGGAGCAAUGUUUUCUGCAUGUUUUGUACAAUAACUUUUAAUCUAAAAUGAUUUGUACGUGUGUGUGUGUGUGUGUGUGUGUGUGUGUGUGUGUGUGUGUUUGCUGCAAGUUUACUGACACAAAACUGAACUGAAUCUGCUUUUGGUCUCGUGCAAUGAACCUGUCAAACCAAACAGGGUGUUAUCAUCUGAACCAUCCUCACAUUGUACUUACUGAUACCGAAUGUUUACAGAUUUCAUCAUGAGAUUCAAACGUCUGGUAGAUCUCUCUUAAUGCCUCUUCCUCCUAGUUCAUGGUUUGUGAAUUUCAAGUCAUUUUCCACAUUCCACUGCUGAAUCUGAUGAAAACAGCUAAACCCAGAUAGCAUGGUUGAGGGUUUGUUUUUUUUUCCUUUUCUUUUCCGUAUCACGGACACAGGACUGUUAUGUGCUCACAUACUGGUGCCAUCUUUAAUUAGCUGACUUUGAGUUUUACAGGCUAGAGGAAGUUCCGAGCGUAUUGUAGACGCUCAGAUUUAUGAGUGUGGCACGUGGCAUGCUGAAAAUCACACACAGUCAAAUCGAAAAGGCACAUACUGUACAUGUUUUUGGAGACAGAUCGUUUUCGUUUUCAUUACAUUAUAUCAGGGGUGUCAAACUUCCUCACGUUACCAUGUCUGAUGUCAAGUGGGUCAGUUUAGGGAGGCACGGUGGCUUAGUGGUUAGUACAAUUGCCUUGCACCUCCAUGGUUGGGGGUUUGAUUCCUGCCUCCGACCCUGUGUUCUCUGAGUUUGCAUGUUCUCCCUGCACUUCAGGGGUUUCCUCUAGGUACUCUGAUUAACUCCCCCAGUCCAAAGACAUGCAUUAUGAGCUGAUCGUCAUCUUUAAACUUGUACGCGGUGUGUGUGUGAUUGUGCCCUGUGAUGGGUUGGCACCCUGUCCAGGGAGUCCCCUGGGAUAGGCUCCAUGCUUCCUGUAACCCUGUGUAGAAUAAAGGUACAGAAAAUGGCUGGAUGGAUAUAUUGGAAAAAGACCAGGCUAUGCCUGUCCAGUUCUGGUGAGUCUGUAGCCUCAGAUUCUUGCUUUCAGCUGACUGAAGUGAAACCCAAUGCUGUUUUAGCACAAUCCGCCUAAAUAUUCAACGUGUUUUGAGAUGCUUUUCUGCUCACCACAGUUAUAAAGAGUGAUUAUUUGACUUACCGUAGAGUUCCUGUCAGCUCAAACUGAUCUUGGUUAUCGUCCUCUGACUUUUCUCUCAUCAACAAGGCGUUUCCAUUCAAAGAACUUCUCCUUACGUUGUGUGAGAAAAUCCCAGGAGAUCAGCAGUUUCUAAAAUGCCUAUCAAACCAGACCAUCAUGCCACGGUCCAAAUCACUGAGAUCAUUAACUGAGGCGCUUGUACGUGCUUGUAUGCGAAACCCAGUUCACCUGGAACUGAAUUGGGUUCGCAUGUUUUGAACAGAGAAAUGCUCGACAAGGAUCUCGCUAAUGAGGAAUGACGUAUCGUUGGCACAUUUUAUUCCGAGUUUGUUGCUCUAAUUGACCUCCCUAGUCGAAAAACAGAGCCGAGCCCUUUUUAUUUCAAGUUUCCACUCUAAUUACGGCCCACGGUGCAAUUUUAAUCUACAACGCGACUCCUAAAUUAAUUUGCGCCGUAUGUUUGACACCCCUGCAUUAUAUAAUAGUGUUAAUAGACUGUUUUGUGUGCAGUCUGAACGCACUGAACAUUUUACAACUCGACCUGUUUUCUAUGGAGAUUUGUAUUUUUAUACACUGGAAGGUAUAUUUUGUACUGUUCCGUUAUGUAGCGUUCUCUUCCUUAGUUUGUGUUUCAGUUCUUAUACGAUGUACAUUGUUAAAGACAAGGCAUUGACACAAAAUGCACCAAAAAAUAAUAUGCAUGUUAUUAAUCUCACACUGUGUAGUCUGAUUUGAUCUGCUUCCUAGUUCAAAUUUCUUCUUUUUCCUGUUAUUCACUUGUAGUCUUUCUCGACCUGUCUGCUGUGUCCACACCUGACAUGCUCUGAGUCAUUGAUACACUCAAGGUGACCACCUACACGCUCCCAUGACGCAGUGCUCAGUGGUGUGUCCAUAAAGCAUGACAGCAUGCGCACGUGCACUGCAUAAGUAGUGGAUGUGAUAUCACGUGCAUGGAAAAUGUACCUGAGAUACACCAGGUCUUAACAGAUAAUUUCCUGUCUGCAGGGUUUGUUUAUUGUCUGCGUUUAUCAAUGAUUGCACAGCAGAGUUACGGAGUUGUGUUUGGAUCUGCAUCUGAUGUGUCAUUGCUGGGAAAGGCAUGCUCGUAAGACAUGGCACUCCCUUUUAGCUUUUGGACUUUACUACAAGUCAUGACUAACAGGAAUGUUCUUCCUGUGUUUUUCCACAGAGCAUCUUCACUACACAUUUUUUAAUUAAUUCUUCUGUUUCAAAGGCGUCUCUCAUCAACGAAACCCAUCAACAGAUCUUUUGUGCCUCGUAACAUGCGAAGGACGUUUAGUUAGAAUAGCACCUUUUACCCGACAUGUUGCAAAACUGUAUUAACAAAACAUUUUCUUGCUUUAUUUAUGCCAAGCCAUAUGCAUUUAAUAAAUGACACGAGCGACCUGAA